AUGGACAAUCUAACCAUAACCAAGACUGUCAUUUCUGGUGGAGGUGCUGGAGAAAGUAUCAAUGGUGAUCUUUCUCUGAGUGCCGGUGGGUCAGGUGGAAGAGUUGCAUCAGGAGGCUCUAGCAGCACAAGCAGCUCAGUUCUGAUCACAUCGAGCAGCUCUCAUGGCACCAGCUCUGGUGGAGGCAUCAGCGUCUCCACUCGAGGAUCCUCCUCGGCUGUAUCCUCAGGUGGAGGGAGCUCAGCAGGUUCAGGAGGGGCUGGGGCAGGUUUUAGGGCUGGAGGGGGGUCCUCAAGCAUGUCUUCUGGGUUUGUCUCUACUGGUAUUGAAGAAAGAAGAGAGGGUCUGGGUGCUGUGACAGUUUCCACAGUGACCAAGACCAGCUACAGCUCAGGAGGAGGAGGAUCUGGGGAAGUGAAAAGAGGAUCGUCCUCCACGCGCACUCAUUCACCUAGUCCAAGGGAGAGGAAGGGCAUGUCCACCAAGGCUACAGCUUUCUCAGAGGUCUUUGAUGAAAGUUCAAGCUCAAACUCUUCUCCAGAGUACACCAGGAAGGAGUAUGGCGUUUCAAGUGCAAUUUCAACUUCUACCACCAGAGGGAGAAGUCAGAGCAGAGAGAGUGAGAUCAGAGCCAGACUUCAGAGUGCUUCUCCUUCAGCAAGUUGGACGGAGCUGGAUGACGUAAAGCGUCUGCUUAGAGGAAAUGCCUCCAUCAGCAGCAGCCCCCCUCAGUCCCCUAACAACACACUACCUAUCCCCAAGAAGGCCAGCGUGGAAACCAGGACCAUGUCUGAGAGCUCCAGCACAGACCAUUAUGGCAGCAUUUGGUCUGGAGGUGUGAACAGUGGCUAUGGUUACAACACGAACAACCUGUCCACUAUCUCAACUCUCUACCCAUCAGGAGUUCAGAACAACCUGACACUCAGCUCCCCCUCUGCGAACAGCGGACUGUCUGUCGGCGGCACCGUCCCAGUGUACGGUGUUCAGAAUAACCUUGUCAGUACCAGUUCUGCUGUCUUCUCUCCUACUGGAACCACUGCACCAAUAGUUUAUGGUGUGCAGAAAAAUGUCUCCAGCACUGGAAUCAGCACCACCACAGUGAGACCCAGCAGUCCCACCAUUGAAGAGGCAUCAGGAAAAGACUUUAAGUUUGUCCUGAUCGAGAAGGAGAAUGCUCCCGUCAAGAAGGAGACAGAGCGGCUGGUCAUGACCAAAGACACGGGAAAGCAGUUCAUGUCUGCUGCACCUUCUGCUUUUGCUGCUUCCUACUCUGAAGACUCACUUAAGAGAGAGAAACUAUCAGCCAGCACAUUGGACCAAGGAACAGAUACUAAAUCUGAAACUGUGAAAGUUGCUACAAAAGACAAAGCCACCUAUGCAGAGAUCCGUAAAGAUGAAUCCGGCUUUGGCUUCUGCUCCUGCUGCAGCUGGUGGAAGUGGCUCCUGGGCCUCCUGCUCAGCCUGCUCCUCCUCCUUGGUCUCCUCUUUGGACUCAUAGCUUUGGGCGAAGAAGUGAAACGUCUCAGGAAGCGCGUUGAUGCUCUGGAAACCAUCACUGGCAGUUCAUCAGCUCGCUCCAGUCGCCUCUCUUCUUCCUCUGGCGUCAACAUCAUCGACCCGCUGGACUCGUCAUACAUGGACAGGAGCUCUUCUGGACCCACCCUGACCCACUCUGAUAAUGGCAUCGGCCUGGGGGCCAGUGGGCCUGGGGGCAGAUCAGGACAAGACGGUGUUGCCCUGCAGAGAACUGUUCAACAGCUGGUCAGGGCUGAACUCAACUCAGAUGCUUUAAGAGACACACUUGUAUACUCACUGAAAGGGGCAAAAGGAGAUCCAGGAACUAAAGGUGAUCCAGGGGCACUUGGACAUAAAGGUGAUAAUGGUUUCCCUGGUGUGCCAGGUCCUCCUGGGCAGAUGGGUCACCAAGGAAUAGAUGGUCCAAGAGGUCCAAAGGGAACUGCAGGUGAACAAGGAGCUGAGGGACAACAAGGCCAGAGGGGCCGGGAGGGACCAAUGGGACCCCGUGGAGAGCUUGGACCACCUGGUUUUGGGGAGAAAGGAGACAAAGGAUCUCAAGGUGAGCCAGGACGUCCUGGUCUUGUUGGUGCUCCUGGACCUGUGGGGCCAAAAGGUGCAAUGGGAGAGCAGGGUGCCUCAGGAAACCAUGGUGCUCCUGGUUCAAAGGGUUUCCCAGGUGAUGCAGGAACUCCAGGAGCAAAAGGUGACCGAGGAACACCAGGCCUGCCAGGAAUCAAAGGAGAUCAUGGAGAGAGGGGACCACGUGGACUGGCAGGUGAACCAGGACAAUCUGGACCACCAGGCCCCGCUGGACCAAAGGGAUCUAAAGGAAUUGGAGGGGAAACCGGUCCAAUGGGACUUCAUGGUGUAAGAGGACCACCUGGGCUUCCUGGAGAUAUUGGCCCCCCAGGUACUCCUGGGAUUCAAGGACCCCCAGGUAUUGCCGGAAUUCCAGGACAGCCCGGUUCUAAAGGUGAACCAGGAUCACCUGGCAAAGUCAUCGCUCCAACUGGCUCCAAUACUCUGACCAUCCCCGGACCACCUGGGCCAGCUGGACCUGCAGGUCCUGCUGGAAUCCCUGGUUUGUCUGGUCCCAUUGGCCCUGCUGGUGUCCCAGGAUCACCUGGAAAGAAAGGAGAACAAGGAGAACAAGGAGAAAAAGGGGAGAAGGGAGGACAAGGAAAACCUGGCGAGCCUGGUUCAGAAACUCUCAGUGCAACUCGAAGUGUGUCUGGACCUCCUGGCCCACCAGGACCUCCAGGGCCUUCUGGAGCACCUGGUGAGACUAAACAAGGUCCCCCAGGACGCAGAGGUCCUCCUGGAGAGCCAGGUGUUGGGGUACCAGGAACCCCAGGACAGAAAGGAGAACCUGGCAGCUUUGUGCCUACCUCAGAAACCUUCUUUGCUGGACCACCAGGACCUCCUGGACCCCCUGGCAAUCAGGGUGAGCGAGGACAACAAGGUUACCCAGGUGAACCAGGUCAACCAGGUCUUCCGGGAAGUCCAGGGGAAGAGGGUAUUGGCUUUCCAGGUCAGCCUGGGUCUAGAGGGUCCCCUGGACCUCAGGGUCCACCGGGCCCAGAAGGACCUAAAGGUGAUUCAGGAGUCUCAACUGGUGGCUCAUCUAGACGUGCUCCCCCAGGACCCCCAGGCCCUCCUGGACCGCCUGGUGUACCUGGUAGAGAUGGGACUGGAUCAACUGAUGUGGGCCCGUACAUUGCAGAGUACCUUCAGGGUGACAACAUCAGGCAGUACCUGGCUGGGCCUCCUGGGCCUCCUGGGCCUCCAGGGUCUUCAGAGAACGGGCAGGUGGACGAUGUGGCCAACAGAGUCAUUGCCUACAUCCAGAGUAGAGGACCUGGCCUUCCUGGUCCUCCUGGUCCUCCAGGUCCAUCUGGCUCCAUCUCUGUCAAUGACAUCAUUGGCCUGUUACAACCUGGGUAUCAGGCUCAGGGGCCUCCUGGUCUCCCUGGUGUCCCUGGUCCAGCAGGUCCCCCUGGACCAGCAGGUCCGCCUGGAGCAGUACUUGGGAGUUACGUUAACGCAGACAUUCGAGACUACCUGCAAAGUGUUGCUUUUAGAGGCCCUCCAGGGCCCCCUGGUCCCCCAGGGCCUGAGGGCCCCCCUGGUCCAAUCCGUGGACUGCUGUCUUAUACUGAGCAUGCCAACAGAGAGAUUCUCAACGCCCAACAACAGGAUUAUGUCAAGACUCAUGGUCUGCUUCGUGAUGUUGUGAGGGACUCUGAGCGAGCCACCCAAGGACCUCCAGGACUACCUGGACCUCCAGGACCCCCAGGGUACACCCGAUGGUUUGGUUCUCAUAGAAAUGCAACAGACCUGGUGGAAUACAUCAAAUCCCACGGUGUGCUGCACGACAUUACGAGGCAGUACAACAGUCACGUCCAAGGACCCCCAGGACCACCCGGCCCUCAAGGCCCCCCCGGAUAUAGCCGAUUGUUUGGCUCCCAGGAUAACCAUAUGGAGCCAUUACAGGACCACCUGGGAGACCAGGACAGAAAGGAGACAUUGGAUUCCCAGGACCAAAGGGAGAGAGAGGUGAACAAGGCUUUCCUGGACUAG